AUGGUGGCCAGCAUCGAUUCUGCUAAAGUUCGGGAGCUCGAAAAUGAGCUGAACGGUAUUCGGAGUGCAUUCAAACAAUACAUUAAUAAUACGAGGGAAACAGAGACGGGGCUUGAUCAAGAGUUGGGGAAUAUGAACAACAAACUCGUAAAUACAGCAAAUGCAAAUGUUGACUUGGCGAAUCGACUUGAAACAAUGGCACCAUUGAUUAGUAGUCUGGAGAACUCUCUGGGGGAAAGUAAGAAACAGCUUCUAGAAGAGUCGCGUCUGCGAAGAGAAAUGGAGGCAAAAUUGAAGGCUGUUGAUGGCAAACAUUUUGCAUUUCGACAAGAAUUUGAUUCUUUGCGGGAGGAGAAUUCUACACUGCGCGAAGAACUUGACGGGAACCGAAGUCAAUGGGAAGAGUUUCGUUCCAUAGUAGGCUCCAACCGAGAAAUAAGGACGAGCCGACUGGGAGACAGAUCAGUUGUUACAGAUGAUGCUAGGCGCUCGGAUUGUGAUACAAUAUCAGCAGCCAAUCUGACAAAGGGUAGUAGCAUUCCUCUGGAUGACACGUAUUUAGAAGUGCUGGAUGAACUGGAGACCGUGACGGAACAAUUGAUAUCAACGCAACAAAAGCUCUGGAUUACAGAAGAUAAAUUGGGAAUUGCCACAGCACGUAUUGAAGAUAUGGAAGAUCAAGAGCAAAGGCAUUUAAAUACCGAAAAGAAACUGCUUGCAGCCGAGGCUAGAUUGCGAGAACUUGAAGGAAACCAAGGUAGACUCAGACUCGCAGAAGCUCGGAUGCUUCAACUCGAAAACCAAAUGGUAUCGGACGAAACUCUUCAUGAUAGGGUCCUGGAGUUGGAGAAGGAGCUUGUGGCAGCGAAUAACCAUAUUCAGUACUCGAACGAGCUGAAUGGGACAAGAAUCGAAGAGUGCAAAACAAAUGCCAGGGCUGUCAACCACGAGCUUAAAGUCAAGAUAGAAGAAAAUGAGAUGCUGUUGGAACAAGUAUCGCACUUACAACAGCAUAUUGCUGGUGAAGCUGCAAGAUUCGAAGCGACAAAAAUGAUGGAACCUCCCGGUAGCCAAGACCAGGACCACGAAGUGGAAGCCAUGCGUAGUAAAAUUGACAAGUUGUCCCAGGAAAACAGUGCGUUAAAGGAAAUCAUCAUUCAACUAGAAAAAGGCCCUGGAACACCAUCUAUGCCGAAUGGUGGCGGCUUCGCUGAACUCAAGGAUGAGAUUGAGAAUUUGCAUUUCGAAUUGACUGCAACAAAAGACAAGCAUCGAUUGACUCUGCUGGAAAAUGAUGCUGCCUGGCGCCGAAAGCUAGAGAAAGCUCGUGGAGGUACCAGGUCAGAGAUGCAGGCAAAACAAAUGACUUCCGAAGGGAAAGACAAAAUCGUCGAAGGCCUACAGGAACAAAUCAAAAUUUUGUGUAAAGAGCGGGAUCUGCUGGAAGGAAAGGCUAUUGAUUUGGAGAACGAGAAUUUCGAAAAAGACCAUCAUAUCCAGGAUAUUGAAGGCCGACUUCUCGAUCUUCAGAAAGAAAAGUCCAGGCUGGAACAGAGUAUACGGUCUUUGAAAAGUACCGGACAAGCUUCAUCGGCUAUCAUUGAAGAAUUGAAGGCUGAACAGGGCGUGCUUGAGGCUGGACUGAAAGCGAUGGAGCCAUUGGUGAACGAUUGUGGAGAGAAUGAUACCGAUACAGUGUCGGAGCUAGACUUGAUCGAGCGUGUGAGGAAAUUGUGUAGGUCCCUAAAAAAUUCAAAUCAGAAGCCACAAGACGUGGACAUGAAACAAAUCGAGGAGCUACGAGAGGAGCUUGAUAGAGUGACUGAGGAACUAGCAGCUUCCAAAGCAUCACAAAAGAGGCUGAAGAGAGCGCUUAAUCUUCGAGGGGAUCAAGAAGACGAAAUAGAUGGCAUUCGGUCACAAUUUCGACUGACAAAAAGCGGCCAAUUGCAACAGAGAAACCCAUAUGCACGAGAUCCAGAACCUCACGAUGAAGCCCCUCCGGGUGGUUGUCUGAGAUGGAUGCCGAACACAAACAGUUUGAAUAUACAUUCACCUUCUCACUGCAGAAGUGAUCCACCAACAAGAGACUCUCAGCCGCAUGGCGAUUCUUCGGAUUUACGAUGGCUGCUCCAACGAUUGGAGGCCGUUGAUAGAGAAAAUCGAAUAUUGAGAAGUAGCGGUGGUGAUGAGAAGUCAGUCAAGUUUCUGGAUGGGGGGACAAGCUUGACUUCCAGUCGAGAUGCAGAGCUUCGAAAGGAAUCAAUUCGUCGCAUGGAAAAUUACUUGGAAAAUGAGAAGUCAGGCAUUACCAGGGAUGAUGUGGAGUCAGAUAUUUUGCUCAAGCUAACUGCAGAAAGGAAAGAUCUCCAAGACCAAAUUGUGGAAUUGAAGCAAGCACUAUCGACCUCUGAGCUUUCAAAGAAUGAAAGCGGAGAAGAGCUCAAAGCCUCCCAAGGCGAGAUAUCACGACUCCGAAAUUCGAUUUUGAGCUUGAAAGAGGCCAUCUCGAAGUUGAGAAACGAAUACAACAACAUUCUCGAAGAAGCAGAAGAGAGGGAACAGCAAAAUAGAUCUGAAAUUGCCGGAUUUGCAACCCAAUUCAAUGAGCUUGUGGAAUCAAACGAAGAACUCGAAGAAUCAAACAAUGCAAAGGUCAAACAAAUCCAGACUCUGACGCAAGAAAUAGCAUUGGCGCAAGAUUCCAUUCACACUGCGAACGAAAAGUAUGAAGAUGCUGCCACAGAGCUGGAAUCUGCGAAAAAAAUGGUCGAUGAAGUUCGAGAAACUGCUGAGCAGAAAGGUAGAGAAGUUGCUACAGCAGAACUACGUGCUGAAAUGAGAGAAGAACGAGAAAAAGAACGACUAGAGAUAAAAGCUCAGUUGGAGGAAGCGCAUCGAGAAAACAUCAGACUAAGAAAAGUGAUGAAAGCACAUGGUGAGAAGUCAUUCAAAUCACUACAGACUUUCAAAAUGAAACUCGAGGACGCCGUGGCAAAAUCUGAGCGUUGGCAACAGGCAAGCGAGAAAGCACAUAUGGAAAUGAAUCGAAUGAUGGAAGAAGAGAAGCGUCUGAAAAUGGACUUGGAAGCACUGACGAAUGAACUCCUUGCCACGCGAGAUGAGCUUGACUUUGCAAACUCAUCGUUGACAAGACGUCGGACAGAUCGGGUGAAACUAAAACGUUCCAAAUCUCUCGGACUUCUUUCAACCGGAACCGACGAGUACAAAUUGUACAAAGACCUUCACCAAAAGAUCCAACAAGUGAUUGCAAAAGUAGCUGAUGUGGAUAGCGAUUCAAUGAUGCAUUCUCGAAGGACAGAGGGGCUUCAUCUCAAGGCUCAACUGACGGAUAUUGAUAUGUCGAUUAACAAGAUCUUCAGGGAGAACAUCAUGCUCGAAGAGGAACUAGACUACCUCAACAGCACGAUUGAUGAAACUCGGGAAGCCGCCGCGAAGAAAGGUAGAAGGGAAGCCACACGGGAAGCAUGGUCAGAGAUCAGGGAGCGACAAGAGAAUGAUAUCAGAGAUUUCAAGGAUCAGUUCUCAUCUCUUGUUGAAGAGAAUCGGUACCUCGAAACACAACUGCGAAAAUACGAAACAGAAAGAGCCGAUUCCGAUGACUCGACCAGUGUAAUGGAGUUAGGGAAUGCAGACCUUUGGAAGGAAGUCGAAUUGUCGAAUCUAGAGGCCAAAAAACUUUCGCAAGAUUGUCUUAGGCUGCGAUUGGCAAUGGAAUCAAUGAAGGACGAACACGAACAAGUCCUGGACGAGUUGAAGAUGCAGAUGAGGGGAGAAUCCGAGGGUAUUAUCUUGAGACUCAAAAGCGAAGUUCGAGAACUACGAUCCGAGAUUUCUGAAAUGCAGCAGAUUACAGAUGAGCCGAGGCGCAAAGAGAAAGAGUAUGACCGUGAGAUCAAACGUCUUGUCCAUGUACUAUCCAAUUCUCAAAAGACGCUUGACAAGGUAAAUGAAGAAAGGAACAAAAUGGCAGAGGCAAUGAAAGUCACGAAGUCGUCUUCAGCACAAGUGAUUGAGAAACUUAGAUUCAAGCUGCUAUCUUCGUCCCAAGAGAUAGCCGAGCUGAGCUCGAAAGUGUCAGACUUGACUCUUACAAUAGACGAACAAAAGAAGGACCUUCUACAUUCCCAACAGCAGGAAAAUCAAAACGACCAAGAGGGUGAAAGACAAGAGGUUCAUAACAACCAUAUCAAUUCCAGCUCUCUCCACGAAUAUACCAACGAGCUCGAAGCCACUCUAAAGUUGUCACGGGAUGAAGUGGUCCGAUCGAAAGACGAACUUCUUCGAUUGAAGAAAAGAUUGAAAUGUUUGCAGAAGGAGGCCAAGGAGCAUUUGACCGCUCUCAACAUCGUAAAGACAGAACUUGCAAAGGAAAGACUGAAUAGGGAUCAGACGAUAAAGGUCCUCGAAGCUAUCAACAGCCGCUUGAAUUCGGUGGAGGGAAUGACACCGGGACAUGAGCUCGGAAGGACUACAGAAACUACACAAAUGGCCGAACGACUGGAAUGGAGAGUUGAGAAAUUGAUAUCCAUAAUGAAUGAUGCCAAAUUAGAAAAGCAAGACCGAAUGAAGCUUCAGGUACACGUCGAAACAAGCGAAAUGAAGUUCACCCAAGCAAAGAAAGAAGCAUCGAGGCUGGAACAGGAGGUAUCGCGGCUAAUCACUGAGCUGAAUACUACCAAGAACAAGCACUCCAAAGCCAAUACAAAAGAUGACUUUCUGGCACUAGAUAAACGACCCAGACCAGAGGUUGCAACAGCGAAAAACAAGCAUCAUCAGCAGCUAUAUAAGGAUACUUCCACCACCAAGCUCCCUUUGAUGAAUCAAGCAUUGAAUCGGAGACCAAAACUUCGAACUGACCCAGAACCCAGAGACUCAAUGGAUAGUGAUAUCAUAUCGGAGGUCGCAUCCAUGAAGUCGACAGAGUCUACCGAUUAUAUGGCCGGACUCAGUUCCGAAUUGAUUAGGACCACGGCGGCCUCCUCAGGUGAACCGGCGUCGCCUCAAAAGCGAUACGAAACUGUUGACAUUCGAUCGGAAGCAGACUGCGCCAUCAUUGAUGUGGAAAGGUUUCAAGUUGAAAAAAGGCAUGACCCUCCAAGCCAAAGUGAUCUGCGGAUGGAUAAUGCUAUCUAUCAUGUGUGA